AUGGAUCCCAUACUUGAUGGCCUGAACCACGCUCAACGCGAGGCUGUCACCUCGUCGGCCCCGGUUCUCCAGGUUCUCGCUCCUCCGGGCUCGGGCAAGACGAAAACCCUCACGGCGCGUGUCGCGUACCUGCUCUCUCACCAUGGCUAUCAGCCACAAGAUGUCAUUUGCUGCACCUUCACGAUCAAGGCCAGUAGAGAGAUGCGCGAGCGUCUUAGCAAGCUGAUCGGGGAGAAGUUGCAGUCACGACUGAUUUUGGGCACUUUCCACUCGAUCUGUCGACGAUACCUGGUCAAGUACGGGUAUUUAAUUGGGCUGCGCAAGGGAUUCGGAAUCGCAGAUUCGGACGAUACUCGUGCCAUUUUGCGGAGAAUCAUCAAACGUCUGAAAUCAACUAUUGAUGUUAGAGCAGCCCAAGGGCGAAUCUCUAAACACAAGGCGCAUGGUCUCUCACCGAGGGAUUUGUCCGACAAGGUCAAGGCUGAUGAAGUGGAACUGGUCGAGAUUUACAGCGCGUACAACGAGGCUCUUGCGGCAGCCAAUUUGCUCGACUAUGAUGACCUUCUUGUACGCUGUUGUGAUCUGCUAAGAGAGCAUCCUGAAUGCGUCUCGAAUGUGCAGACGGUCCUGGUCGAUGAAUUCCAGGAUACCAAUAUCAUUCAGUACGAGUUGAUGAAUCUUUUUGCCGCCAAACACCGUCGGAUUACUAUCGUCGGUGAUCCCGAUCAAAGCAUCUAUGGGUUCCGAUCCGCAGAGAUCCAGAACCUCCGGCGAAUGCAAAAGAAGUACUCCAACACGUCUGUUGUUCUUCUGGAAUCCAACUAUCGUUCUUGUGGGUCUAUUUUGAAUUCUGCGCAAGAUGUGAUUGAACAAGACACUACGCGACCUGCCAAGAAGCUUGAAGCGACUCAUAAAUUCGGUACCUUGCCUGUUUUACGGAAACUCCCGAAUCCAAACGCAGAAGCGACGUGGAUGGUCUUGGAAAUUAAGAGGAGCAUUGCCUUGACCGGCGACCUACUUCGUAUGUGUGACUUUGCGGUUCUCCUUCGAUCUGCCUCAUUAUCAACACGCAUUGAGUCCGCGUUCGGACGAGCUGGGAUUCCCUAUAAGAUGGUCGGCGGUCGGAAAUUCUUCGAUCGUGUCGAAGUCAAAACACUGCUCAACUAUCUGCGAGUCGUGAGUCAUUCAGACCAUUCGGAUGCUUUGUUGAAUAUCAUCAACGUCCCACCACGCCGCAUCGGUGAUGAGACUAUCAAACAAUUGACAGGUGGAGCGGAGAAGGCGGGCGUCACUCUGUGGGUGUUCAUCAAAGACGUGAUUCAAGGCCGCAGGGCAACAGAGAAGAAGCUGCAAAAGGCAGCGGAACUUGGCCUUUGCGCCCUAGUCAAAUUGAUUGAUGCUUCCAGGCAAAAGCUACAGGAUUGCGCGGAUGCGUCGGCACCGUGCGUACUUCUUGAGUACAUCGUCGAGAGUCUAUCAUUCCAAGAAUAUCUGCUCAAGACGUACCCGCUGGAUGAGGACGGUCGUUGGGCGAAUGUGAAGGAGCUGAUGGGUCAAGCUAGCGAUGUUGUCACGUCGGAUGGGGAAACUAACCCUGAAGAGGACUUGCCUGAGAUUGAGGGCGUUGAGCAGCAACAAACUCACCCAGGGGAAGAGGCACUGUCUCGAUUUCUGGCAAAUGUGGCUCUGGCCACGGAGGCUCAGAGCAAGGAUGAGGACGACGGGGGUUCAGGCAGCGUGACGAUAUCGACUAUUCACGCGGCCAAAGGCCUAGAGUGGCCAGUUGUCUUCAUUCCUGCCGUUUACAAUGGGAGUAUUCCUCACUCGCGAGCUGAGGUAGUCGACGAAGAACGGCGGCUUUUAUACGUCGCCAUGACUCGAGCCCAGGCCCUCUUGUACUUGAGUCUACCCCUCAAGCAACCUCGCGUUGGCGAGGGAGAAGAUGGUUCGACCAGCCUCACCCCCUUCCUGCCUCCACGCAUUGUCAAGUCACGGUUUCGUCUCAAAGGUCCUCAAUUUCACGAACAAGUUGUUUAUGGCAUUGCGGAUACUCUACGGCGAGCCCGUCCGACCGCUGAAGAAUUAUGCAAAGAUAUUGCGACGCUGCCGUCCAUCCUGGACGACAGGUGGACAUCGGAAGGCGAGGAAGUUCGCGCCGAGGACAACGGGUGGAAUCAUCAGCAAAACUGGGGUGACAGUACCCAAGAACCAUCUACCAAGCGCAGAAGAUAUGAUGAUGAGAGGCGAGCGUUGACUUCCAACUCAAUUACUAGCCACAAGUCCGGUACAUCAUCUACAUUUAUGGUCCCCACCACGAUGUCCACUGGGGGUUUCACGUCAGCGAGAGACUACAUUGCGGUUCAACCCGAAGAUUCCAAGAGUGGCGCGAGCUCACAAGCCAAAGCUCAGGUAAUCACCACUUCCGCUCACCAAGAUGGCCUUAAUCAGGCAAGUAUCUCAACGUUCUUCGGAAACCCCGGCGUUUCCCGUACAAAGGAUAGAUCAUCUCAGCCCAACUUUCCAUCGGCUAAGUCAACUUCGCACGAUCGCCUCGCUUCGUCGACGAAGCCACAGCCGCAGUCAGCCCCCAGUCAUGUCCCAGUCUCGCUUGCUUCCCACCGCCUCCAGCCACGACCGCUGCACCCAUCACGACCAGCCCUCGAGCCUGCUGGUCCAACGAGUUACACGUGGAUGGCAGCUCCCACCUCGUCUGAUGCGCUAAAGCCUGCCCGAAUGUUCUCCUCGCCAGCCUUCCAGAAUCAAAUGAGUGAGUCGACUUCUAAGGGCCCAGGGGAAACCACGCCCGCAUCUUCCAGCAGUGUUCGAUCCAAGGCAUUCUACACUACCACAAUGGACCAGGUGCGCCAGCAGGCACCGACAACGACUGGGCGUCGAACCCUGGGCAUCCGACGGAGUAUGAACGGCUGGGCGGAUCGGAUGAAACGAGAGAAAACUGGUGGGCAAGGUGAUCGGAUGCAAUAA